AAACCUGGCGGAGCUGGAGGGGCUGAGCGUGGUGAGGGUCGACUCGUUCAGCCAAUCAGGGAGUACGUGGAUGGACGCGCCGGCGGCACUCGCCCUCUUCGGCUUCAGGCUGCUGCAGUGCUGCAACUGGAGGUCCGCGAGGACGGGCGAGGCGCUUGCGGCGCCGCCUCCUUCCGACCGAAUUGCUCCUCGCACGACCGCGUGUGGGUGGCUGGGGAACUACUGUCGCAACUGGAGGACAACCACCUGUCGCACCGCCUCUGCCUGCACGAGCGCGACUUCCCUCUCGGAGCUCUGGUGGUGCAGAACAUCGUCGAGUGCAUGGAGCGUAGCCGGCGAACCUCCGUGACAGGAGAUGCAGAACACUACGCUCCCACGCGCGGACCCCUGCAGUGCGAUGGCGUCCUUCCGUUUCUGAGGAAGACGGUGGAAGCGGCCUGCUAUAGCCAGUGGCCAGAAGGGUCCCCGCUGCCCACACUCAGCUGCGCUGUUGCCAGCGGAUACAAGCGCAUCGCAGGCACUUACCUGGAGCGCUUCCUCUACAAAGCAACCUAUCAGGUGAUGGACACGUCGAUAUCUGAUCCAAACAUCCCAGGAGACUGGAACGGCUGGUGCGCGUACCAGACAAGCCUAAUGAUUAUGAAAGUUGAAUCGCCAGAUGUCAUUUCCGGACUACCAAUAAUUGAAGAUGAUCACAUGAACAGAUACACCGAAGUGAAAGAUAAGACCGGUACCAAGCUAGGGGCUUCCUUUCCUGUUAUGGCGCAGGGCUUCAAGGACCUGAUCCUGGAUUUUGGCCCAGAUGGCUUGGGCGCACGGGUGGCGUGGAUGUCAGAUUACAACUGCUCGGGUUGCGCGUCGGAGGUGUGGCACGUGGAGUACUGGGACGCGGCGGAGGUAGCGCGGCUGCUGGUGAACCGCGCGUGGCGCCUGCGCAUGCGCUUCAGCCACGCCUUCAUGUCGCCGGCCACCUUCGUGCUGCAGCUGCUGCGGGAGGGCGCGCUCGUGCGGGAGGUGGCCGUCCACGGCGGCGCCCGCUGGGACGACGCCGUCCUCUUCCCGGUGCGGCUGCCGCGCAUGCGCCGUCUCGAGCUCGCCUCCAACGUUAAUUUCAUUCGCGUGCCAAAUCUACUACAUUUAAAUCUGGCAAACAAUAAGUUCACCAAAAUACCAGAAGGACUGAAAUAUCUACAGCGUCUCAAAUAUCUGGAUUUGUCAAACAAUCCCAUUGUGGACUCUGAGUUUGCAACGAUCCUAUGUCCCCUUCGCGACCUAAAGGAGCUGAAUAUAUCCGGAGCGCCUCUUGGCAGCUUGGACAUCCUUGUAUCAGGCAAUGCGAGCUGCGGAGGACAUACAACGAACUCCAGUCCCGCAAACGGAAGCUUGUAUUCGCGCCUGGAGGUGCUGGACGCGAGCGGCUGCAACCUGCCCUCUGUGGAGAGCAGCCUAUGUGCUCACUCUCCUGAUGUUCGUUUCCAGUAUUCGCGCCUGGAGGUGCUGGACGCGAGCGGCUGCAACCUGACCUCCGUGGCGAGCCGCCUGUGGGCGCGGGCGAGCAACCUGCGCACGCUGCGCCUGGCCGCCAACCCCUUGGCCUCCGUGCCGGCCUGGCUGGCGCAGCGGCUGCCGGCGCUGCAGGAGCUGGACCUGUCGGGCUGCCUGCUGGCCGCGCCGCCCGCGCUGCGCCUGGCGCCCGCCCAGCGCCUGCACCGCCUGCUGCUGGCGCGCAACCUGCUGGCGACGCCGCGGGGCGCGCUGGCGGCGGGCGACGGUGCCGGGGACGGGGCGGCGUACCUGGACCUGAGCGGCAACCCGCUGCGCGGAGAGUGGGGUGCGGGGGCGUUCGCGCCGCUGGGCGCGCGCGCAGCCGUCAACCUGUCGCGCACGCACCUCACCGCCCUCUCGCCCCAGAUGCUGCGCUCCUUGGAGCCGCUCGCGCAGGUCGACCUGGGCGGCAACCCCUUCGACUGCAGCAGCUGCUCCAUUCUACCCCUGCAGGAUUGGCUCAGAAAUAACACAGGUCCGGAAGUGGUGUGGCUGGGCGCGCGCUCGCCCGUGUACUGCUGGCGGCCGCUGUCGCUCCGCGGGCAGAGCGUCCGCGACGUCCCAGGCCCCGCGCCCGCGACCUGCGCCUCCGCCUCCGCCGCCGCCUCCGCCUCCUGGUGGACGGGCGGCGCCAUCGCCGGGCUGGCGUCGGGCGCGGUGCUGCUGGGCGUCGCCGCCGCGGCGCUGCUCGCGCUCCGCUUCCGCCUGCACCUCACCUACCACGACCGCGCGUGGGUGGUUGGCGAGCUGCUGCCGCGCCUGGAGGGACGCGCCCCGCGGUACCGCCUCUGCCUGCACGAGCGCGACUUCCCUCUCGGAGCUCUGGUGGUGCAGAACAUCGUCGAGUGCAUGGAGCGUAGCCGGCGAACGCUCAUCGUGCUCACGCCUUCUUUUAUCAAAAGUCAGUGGUGCCAGUGGGAGCUGGAGAUGGUGACGCGCCGCGUGCUGGAGGGCGCCGGGCGGGACUUCCUGGUGCUAGUGUGUGCUGUGAGUGUGUGCGCAGUGGUGCCAGUGGGAGCUGGAGAUUGCACGCACCGCCUGCUGGAGGGCGCCGGGCGGGACUUCCUGAUGCUGGUGGAGCUGCAGCGGCUGGAGGCGCGCGCCCUGCCUCGCCUGCUGCGGCUGCUGGUGGAGACGCGCACCUUCCUGCAGUGGCCGGCCGACGGGGCCGCCGGGGGGUGCGCGGAGGAGCAUUUUCAAGUGUUUGUGAAGCGUUCAUUAAUAUGGAUAGUUCUAAAAUAA